GUGGUGGGGGCGUUAAAGUCACAGGUUUCUUCAUAUUGUAAACACAACCUCCCCGCACUUGAAAAUACUUGAAAAAUCCCUCAGGACUGCGACUACAGGUCGGAACAAUUGUGUUUCUCGGACAGACGACAAAAUAACGACACGGUGGUGUAUUUUUAAACGCGGACUGCUUCACUGGAACCGAACUUUGACGCCGAUAGUGCUAACGAUCGGUGGCUAGUUAGCGGCUGCUAGCCUUUGCUGUUGGAAAAGGGAAGCGAAACUGAGAUUUUUUUUUUCCUCUCUCUCUUUCUCCCCAUUGUCGUCUUAUUUCCUAAAUAUCACUUUGGCUUUGUUAUGGGUGCUGCUGGUACGACGUGGAAGCCGUCACUCUGUUGCCUUUAGCUUGUCGUUGAUGUUUGUCAGCACCUGCUGUUGGACAGGUUGCCAGCUCCUUAUCUGUUGUUGAAUGGGGAGGAGUUUUCAUACAGGAUAAUUGUGAUAUCCCUCGUCCGUUUGGAAGACGUCACACAAAAUGUUUCUAAGAAGCUGUUGGAAAUCUCGGUACAAGGGCGGCUGUUGGACCCGGUUAGGAUUCGCAGCCCUGCUUUGGUUCUGUGUGAGUCAGUUUGGAUGUGGCAGUGGACUGGUGGGGGAGAGAAAAACUGUGGUCCAGAAAGAUGCUGAGUUUGAUGUCACCUACAAUGACAAGGUUACAAGUGACAACCAGACCAUCUAUGCUUUCAAUCAUACCGUUUCCAGAAAUAAGACAGAAGGCGUGCGUGUUACUGUGGAUGUCAUGACCCAGGGCUUGGAGAGUCCUAUCCUGUUUGUGGUACGGCAGAAGCAAGCUGUAUUGUCUUUCCAAGUCCCGCUGAUCCUCAGAGGCCUCUACCAAAGGAAAUACCUAUAUGCCCACGUGGGGCGGACGUUGUGCCAACCUCUGACACUGGCUUUUUAA